CGUGCUACUCACACAGGCGGUCGAUGUCUGAAUCCUCCUCUAGCGGGGAGGAUUCUGGUAUCCAACCAUUUUGGUUUGUAGUAUUCGAACUCGCCUAUUUCGUGAUUUUCGUUAUAGCCUCAGUGGCGAUACAUUUGUUUGGCUUCCUCAAGACAGACGAAGAUGUUGUAACUGUACAUCAUAAGAUCCAUAAAGAAGUGAUAGCUCAACAAGAACGGAGAUUCAUGUCGCAAAAGAAGGAAAACUUCUUACGAACCGGGAGCAGUCCGCGUUGAUUACUCACGUUGAAAACCAUCAGUUCUUGAAAAAUAUUUUUACUUGAAAGCUUUGAACUUUUCGAGCGAAUACUUGC